GCCAUUAUAACCCGUGUGACUGUACACACUGGACACCGUUCUUCUUCUGCGUGCUCUAAACACUCACCAUACUAACAGACAUGAAGGUAGUAAAAGUUUUUACUAAAAUAGGUCUAUAGAUGAAACCCGUAUAAGUGAGAAGCCACAGGCUGUAGAGCCUCUGAAGGGAAGUGCUCUAGAGGAGCUUUAUUCACUCUGAGCUUCACUACAGACCGACAGCACUGUCCUCUCCUGAUCUUCUGCCACUUUCUACCUUUAUUAGACCAUUUCUGCUGGGAUUUACUUUUCUAAUCUAGCAGCUCUUUUUAUUUGAAACCAUUAAUCAAAAUUCAAAAAGAAAAUAUUUGACAUGGGUGUAUUCAUCUGUUUGUGUUUAUGGAGUCUGACUGGUGUGUUUGUUGCUGAUGCAGUGAAGUCAGAGUCAGUGACUGAGGGAGAAUCAGUCUCUCUGAACUCUAGUGUCACUCAAAUACAGACACAUGAAGAGAUCGAGUGGAGGUUUGGUGACAUUCUCAUAGCUAAAAUGAAGAACAACAAGAACGUGUUUUAUGAUACUGAUAAAGAGAGUUUCAAAGACAGACUGAAACUGGAUCAGACUGGAUCUCUGACCAUCAUCAACAGCAGAACCACAGACUCUGGACUUUAUACAGUCUCCAGCAGCAGAGACACGAUCAACACGAUCAAUCUCACUGUCUAUGCUCGUCUGCCUGUUCCUGUCAUCAGCAGUAACUCUUCAUCUUCAUCAUCAUCAUCAUCAUCAUGUUCAUUGGUGUGUUCAGCUGUGAAUGUGAGUCAUGUGACUCUCUCCUGGUUCAGAGGAAACAGUUCAUUCUCCAGCAUCAGAGUGUCUGAUCUCAGCAGCCGGUCUGAUCUUCUUCUCCAUCUGGAGUGUGUGGAUGAUUCCUACAGCUGUGUGCUGAACAAUCCCAUCAGAAACCAGACUCAACACCUCAACAACACUCAACUCUGUCACACAUGUGCUGCAGUCUCUCUGACAGUGCUGAUCUCUGCUGCUGCUGCUGCUGGAUCUCUGUUGAUUGUUGCUGCUGUCGGGAUCUUCUGCAUCUGCAGGAAACACAGAAACACACACAGAGAAGAGACUCAAGCAGAAGAGAUCACUUACGCUGAUCCCACAUUCUACAAAAGAAACAGAAAUAAACCGAGGCCUAGAGAGGAGGAUAAUGUGGUGUACGCAGGAGUCUCGAGAUGUUGAUCGGAUCUUGAUCAUUUGAAAGAUUUCCCAAUAAGUUUGAAGUUAUACAUAAAUACCGGCCUGCAUCAUAUUAGCUGAAUGACAUCCAAUACUUGUUUUGCAUUGAGCCAGAUGUUUUCUGUUACAGAUAUUAUUAAAUUACAUUAAAUAAUUAAAUUACAUUAAAUUACAAAUAAUAUGGAAAAACUGUAUAUAAUUAUAUAAUAUUUUAUAUAUUUUAAUAUUUAUUUUUUUCUCAUUUUUUAAUUGUGACCAAAUUAUGUAAUAUUAAGCCGUUUUUAUUUAUUUAUUUUUUUAAAGUAAUAAUUUUUUAAGACUCAGGGAUAAGUAAUAAAUGAAAUCAAAUUUGCCAAAAAAAAAAAAAAAAAAAAAAGAAGAAGAAGAAGAAGAAGAAAAAACACUGUUCCAAAUGUGCUUUUAUUUGUGUUUUGUUUAAUAUAAAGUUUCUGUGAAGGAUUUUUGUCAGUUAAUGGCUGUGGUGUUCACAGUCCAUGUCAAAAGGUCAAAUAUUAUACAUUAAUAAUGUCAUAUUAAUGGAUUUUAAUUGAGGAGAUUUUAACAGUGUUUUUGAUUUAUUUUAUUUAUGCUUGUUGUGUUCACGCCACAUCGUAAUUACUGUAAUUACCAUACAUUAUCAUUUGUAAUUUGUAAUUUUCUGAGAGCUCCAACUUCUUCCUGACUGCUGGAGAUUCAUUUUGGGAUUAAUAAUGUUGUGACAGAAGCACAUAAUUCUGAAUCUGAUGACAUGAACAAAUAAAAUCAUGUGUUUCUCAUCUCGUAAUAACAGUAAUCACGACAUGGCGUGAACAAAUCAUGUUUUCAAUAGAUUUGUCAGUCUUGUUUGUCUCUGUUGAAGCACCAACUAAUGUGUUAUUUCACUAACAGCUCUCUCUCUCUGUCUCUCUCUCGCUCUCUCUCUCUCUCUGUGUCUCUGUCUCUCUCUCUCUCUCUGUCUCUCUCUCUCUGUGACAUUUUAUAAAGUUCUUAAAAGUUUAUAUGCAAGAUAUAUCUAUAUUUCACAUUUUUCCACAUUUCUACAUGCCUCCUUUUGUACAAUUUUAAAUAAAAAUGCUUUAAUAUCA